AUGCAUCUCACUGUCCCUGCGUCUCUACUCUAUAUCCUCCUUAUGGGCUUUAUCUCCGUUGUAAAUGCUGCUCCCGCUACUAUCAAAGUCACUGAUAGUGCCAAUUCGAACAUCGUCUCUGAAUCCCAUUUGGAGUCCAGGACUGGAGAGCACCAUCAGGCAGGUGAAGGAGUCCAGCAUUUUCCCAUGAUCGUAGUAUACAUCACCGCGAUUAGAGCUGUCGUGAUCACCACCGGACAUCCACCAGACAAGCAACUGAAGUUCCAAGAUGAAGUGGUCCAGUCGCGGUUGGAAGCUCGGUUAAAGUUUUAUUUCAAGCACACUUGGAAGUGUGACGCGGAUAUAAAUUUUGUGGGAAAUCUAGAGUUUAUAAUGGUGGAUGUCGAGGGAGGUUUCUCAUUCAAGUAUAAAAAGUUCCCAGACUACAAGAAAAUACUAAGGAGCGGGUUUGUUUCCGAAUCCAACCCUCCCUCCCCGCUUGGGUCCUCCUACGACUCCCUUAACUCGGAUACACAUGUCACACUCCAAGUCCCUCAGAGGUCUUAG